AUGUUGUGAAGGAGCCUGUUAAGUAACGAGAGGGGGAGACAGACUCGAGUGGAGCUCGGCCGCUUUGCUGCUGGAGCUUCUCAGGGAUUAUCAACAGGGAGUGCAGCCGACGACAGAGCACUGAGCUGGGGGAAUGAGAGUCGCCAGAAUCCGCUCCCAUCCUCUUUUUCCCGGGCCCCAAUCCGACUGACAACCAUCGGAUCAGAACCUCCACCGAUACAGCUUCCGAACGAACCCAGUAUCGGUGACUUCUUUCAACCAUGGAGCUGAGAGUGGGGAACAAGUAUCGGCUCGGGCGGAAGAUAGGAAGUGGUUCUUUUGGAGACAUUUAUCUUGGUGCGAAUAUUGCCACUGGUGAAGAGGUCGCCAUCAAGCUGGAGUGUGUAAAGACCAAACAUCCACAGUUACACAUUGAAAGCAAAUUCUACAAGAUGAUGCAAGGAGGAGUGGGAAUUCCUUCCAUAAAGUGGUGUGGUGCUGAGGGAGACUACAAUGUGAUGGUUAUGGAGCUGCUUGGCCCAAGUCUAGAAGACCUGUUCAACUUUUGCUCCAGGAAGUUCAGCCUCAAGACUGUGCUGCUGCUGGCUGACCAGAUGAUAAGUCGUAUUGAGUACAUCCACUCCAAAAACUUUAUCCACCGGGAUGUAAAGCCUGACAACUUCCUCAUGGGGCUUGGAAAGAAAGGAAACCUGGUUUAUAUUAUUGACUUUGGGUUGGCCAAGAAGUACCGUGAUGCAAGGACACACCAGCAUAUCCCGUACAGGGAGAACAAAAACCUAACUGGAACAGCCCGCUAUGCCUCCAUCAACACACAUCUAGGAAUUGAGCAGUCGAGGCGUGAUGACUUGGAGUCUCUGGGUUAUGUGCUCAUGUACUUCAAUCUGGGCUCGCUGCCUUGGCAGGGACUCAAGGCCGCUACCAAGAGACAAAAGUAUGAGCGAAUCAGUGAAAAGAAAAUGUCCACACCCAUCGAGGUCCUGUGCAAAGGAUACCCCUCUGAGUUUUCAACAUACCUGAAUUUCUGCCGCUCACUCCGUUUCGACGACAAGCCUGACUACUCUUACCUCAGACAACUUUUCAGGAACCUUUUUCACCGACAAGGUUUCUCCUACGACUAUGUUUUUGACUGGAACAUGCUGAAAUUUGGAGCCAGCAGGACGGCAGAAGACGGAGACCGGGACAGGCGGACAGGAGAGGAGAGAGAUGAGCGCAUUGGGGGCGCCCCUCGAGGGUCAGCAGCCCGGGGCAUCCCACCAGGCCCCAAUCCUGGAGCUGCCAACAGAGUCCGCAAUGGUCAGGAGCAAGCCAUGUCCAACCCUGCCUCCGUGCAGCAGUCUGGGAACUCAUCACCACGUGCAAUUUCUCGUGCAGAGAGGGAGAGGAAGGUGAGCAUGCGUCUACACAGAGGCGCUCCUGCCAACGUGUCGUCAUCUGACCUCACCGCUCGGCAUGACCAGUCUAGAAUUUCCACAUCACAGGUCAGCGUGCCAUUCGAGCACAUGGGGAAGUAAAGCCCCGAAUCAGCCUCUAAUGUUCAGGGCUAAGAGGAUUUCUCUAGGCUCCAGUAUGUGUUUUUACCUUCUUCUGCAAGACUGAUGCCAUGGACACAUGGACUUGUAAAAAAGAACAAUAAAUCCAAAUGAUUAAAAAAUCCACUUUUUACUGUUGAAGCAAGGAUCACCACCACAAUUCAAAAAGGAAAAUGUCCGACAGUGUUGCAUCUUUGUUGCCUACGGGUUCCUUUACACAUUCCCACGGUGUUAAAUGUGAAGAACUUUUCAUUUAUGUUUUAGCACUACAUGAGAUUCAUUGAUCAUGUUUCGAGAUUUCGAGAGCAACAGCAGCUACGAAAGUGGAUAUAGGUAUGUGAAACGUUCUGAUGUCAAGAAAGGCAAAAUAGUGGGAUAGGUAAGUUUAUAAGCUGUUGUACAGUCAUUUUUGUUUCAUACCACAUGACUUGGUUCAUGUUUUAUUUAAAGUCCAUCCAAAUCCCCAGCUCCCCUGCCUUUUUACUGUUUUAGUUUGGUAAACUGAAGAAUUGACCAUAGAUAUUGCAAUGACUCACUUCUGGGGGACAAAUGCCUCAGGAAAUUUUCUGUUGACCAUAGCUGUGUAUACCAGCUAAUUCAUCAAAGCUGCAAUUUUUAUGAUGGUUCUUAAUCUUACCUUUUUAUAUUUUUUGUUAUUGGAAAAUUAUACAGGACUGGGAGCAGACUCAUUAAGCAAAAGUCUGGGUGGGGUAUUUUUCCUUUUUUAAUGUUCACUGUAAAUAUUUUUUUUUAAUUUGUGAAAGCCAAAAUUGUGGUUCUGUUUAAGUAGAAAAAACACUUUCUUCUGGAUUGAAUUUGGGUCAGAAUUUAGCAUAUUGAAAAUGACUAAAUUGUGAGAAGGGGUACUUUUACUGUGCCAGCUGGGUCACUUCACUUUGUAUGACUGAUUAGUACAAAUAUUCCCUGCAUACAUUUUUACAUUUUGUUCCCAUAUAUAUAUAUAUAUUAUUUGAUUUCCGCCCUUGACAAGCAACACUGGGGUAUUACCUCUAGCAAAAAUAUGUUGUGAUAACAACUUUUGGAUUACACUUUUUAAUGUCUCUAAAAUGGUAAUGCAAGUUUGGCAGGGAUACGUGUAAAUAGCAUAAAUGUAUUGUGUGUAAUUACUUGUACAGGCCAUCAUGACCCAGUGGCAUUGUAAUAGUUUAGUUUGGGGUUCUGGGGAAUUCACUUUAUGUAUGGUGUACUGAUAUCUUGUACAGUUCUUUAACACACUUUAUUUACAGUAUUUGUGUAUAUUUUAUGAAGUAAUAAAAAUGAAUAAUGUUGCUCACAAAUCA